ACAAAAAAAAACUAUAUAAGGUGCAAGGCGGGUUCGAGGUUCUGGAGUGUUCAUGAGAUCCUCUUUUGCUCUUCACCUUUCACUCCACGGAAUCAAAAGCAAGUGCUGCUGAGUUCCGUGUCCCUAUUCACAAACAUGUAGAGCACCAAACCCAACUUGCCAUCAAAGUUUAAUAAUAUAUUUAUAUUAUAUUUAUAUUAUUUAUACCAUUUGCUUAACAGUAGUAUUAAUAUUGCUGUUAUUGUGUGUGAUUUUGGUGUCUCUUUUUUAAUGUUAUGGUUGUACGGAGUUCGUGUGUUAGUUCAAUUCGUCGACAAGAAACCUUGGUUUCAUAAUUGAUUGGUUCUGUGGAGAGUUUUCUUUUGGUUUGUUUGAUUUGUUGGUGGUGGUGGUGGUGGGAAUAGCAAUGGCUAAUGAAGGAAACAAAAGCAAUGACUUCUAUACGAUCUUGGGGUUGAACAAGGAGUGCACUGAAUUGGAGCUAAAGAAUGCAUAUAAGAAACUUGCAAAGAAAUGGCACCCGGAUCGUUGUUCAGCAUCUGGGAAUUCAGAGUUAGUGGAACAAGCUAAGAAGAAAUUCCAGGAAAUUGGGGAAGCCUAUUCUGUUUUAUCUGACGCCAACAAAAGGCUAAUGUACGACGUUGGUGUCUACGAUAGUGAUGACGACGAAAACGGUAUGGGGGACUUUUUGGACGAAAUGUUAACAAUGAUGAGUCAGACCAAAUCAAAUGAAAAUGGAGAGGAGAGUUUUGAGGAGUUGCAACAGUUGUUUGAAGACAUGUUUCAAGCUGAUAUAGGAUUGGAUGGAAGCCCUUCUCUUUCUUCUGCCAAUUGCUCUAAUUCAUCAUCUUACAUGACUUACAGUGAAAGUUCUAGUUCAAAUAAACGCAAUUCCACUGAGAUGAAAUUUGGGAAGCCAGAGGAUUCCUCUGUCUUUGACACCAGUUACCAGAAUUUCUGUUUUGGGGUCGGUCAUGUAAACUAUCAUUACCAAUGAGUGAGGACACAAAACAAUGAAGUAUGUGUGAGGUAUGUGAAGAUGGUAAGUGAUUCCCUCUAGUUUUCUGCUUAAUUUAUCUCAGGUUUUUGGUUGGUAAUUGUGAAAGUUCCAAUUCAUGUGCUGCAUCAUACAUUACAUGGCAUAAUAUCUCUCAUGCACUAUGAUGAGACUUAAACUGACAUUGUAUUUUCUUGAUCCUGGUGUGAAGACAGGUGAACCUACACCAAGAUAUAGAGGAGGAAAAGGAGGGAAUUCCAGAAGGAGGAGGUAGCAAGAGAUUUAGAAAUGGCAGAAAGGAAAAAAUGUCCUAUGAACAUGGCAUGUUUAAUCUGAUAGCUACCAAGGAAUUUGCAGAGUAAUGAAGUUUUAGAAUUCAAAAUUUAUGGGGGAAGAGCAUAGUUUAUACAGAGUUAGUUCUAGUUCUAGUUCUAGUUCAAGGCCAUUGUGAGUUCCUGCCAUGCCAUACAAAGACUAUGGUAGAGUGGCACCUUCAAUCUCUUGCCAUUGUACACUUAUGCUAGUAAUUUAAAUUGAAAUCAGUUGAGGAAUCAUUUAAGCUUCCUCAUUUCUGCAGA